CUUAUAUCAUUAAGGUCAAUAAACAAUUUAAUAUUUCACAACCAACAUCAAUUUCUGAUUUAGUUUUAACCCUUCAUGAAUUUUUUAAAAAACCAAAUAAAGCUUAUAAUGAUAGUAACGAUGAUUAUUUAAAAUUAGAAGUAGCAUUUGCAAGAGAAAAAAUAACCAUAAAUGAUAUUAAAGAUUUAAACAACAAAUAUCUAAAAGAAGAACUAGAGCUGCAAGCAAAUAUUAAUGCA